AUGAGGUACCAAAGCACAGGCUCUGCCCCUCGGCCGGUUCCAGCCUGGGACGGCGUGGGGCCCAAGAAGCCUACGGGUGUGGAGAAAGGGAUGCCAAGGCUACGCCAGCGCAUCCAACAAACAGGGCCGCGCUUGACACGGAGUGGGGAACUACACACCAGCCAACGCACCCGGGCCUUCUACGAGGCUCCUGCUUACCAUCUCAUUUUGGAAGGAAUUCUAAUUCUGUGGAUAAUCAGACUUCUUUUCUCCAAGACAUACAAGCUUCAAGAGCGAUCUGAUCUAACACCUAAGGAAAAAGAAGAGUUGAUUGAAGAAUGGCAGCCAGAGCCUCUUGUACCUCCUGUUCCAAAAGAUCACCCAGCUCUCAACUACAACAUUGUUUCAGGUCCUCCCACCCAUAUAAUCACUGUUAAUGGCAAGGAGUGUAUAAACUUUGCAUCGUUUAACUUUCUUGGACUUUUGGAUAAUGAAAAGGUUAAGAGCGCAGCCCAGGCAUCUCUGAAGAAAUAUGGUGUUGGCACUUGUGGACCUAGAGGAUUCUAUGGUACUUUUGAUGUGCACUUAGAAUUAGAAGAACGACUAGCAAAAUUCAUGAGGACAGAGGAAGCUAUUAUAUACUCAUAUGGAUUUGCAACAAUUGCCAGUGCUAUUCCUGCAUAUUCAAAAAGAGGGGACAUUGUGUUUGUAGAUGAAGCUGCCUGCUUUGCUAUUCAGAAAGGAUUACAAGCAUCUCGUAGUAAUAUCAAGUUAUUUAAGCAUAAUGAUAUGGCUGACCUUGAACGACUGUUGAAAGAACAAGAGACUGAAGAUCAAAAGAAUCCUCGCAAGGCCCGUGUAACUCGAAGGUUUAUUGUAGUGGAAGGAUUGUAUAUGAACACAGGAGAUGUUUGCCCUCUUCCAGAAUUGAUAAAGUUGAAGUAUAAAUACAAAGUUAGAAUAUUUUUGGAGGAGAGCCUUUCCUUUGGAGUCCUUGGAGAACAUGGGAGAGGAAUUACUGAACACUUUGGAAUAAAUAUUGAUGAUAUAGAUCUUAUUAGUGCAAACAUGGAAAAUUCACUGGCUUCUAUUGGAGGAUUUUGCUGUGGAAGAUCUUUUAUUAUUGACCAUCAGCGAUUGUCUGGUCAAGGCUACUGCUUUUCUGCAUCCCUGCCUCCUUUGUUAGCUGCUGCUGCUAUUGAGGCUCUGAAUAUUAUGGAAGAUAAUCCAGACAUUUUUCAGAUUCUUCGGGCUAAAUGUGAACGAAUCCACAAAGCUUUACAGGGGAUUUCUGGCUUAAAAGUAGUGGGGGAAUCUUUCUCUCCAGCAUUGCACCUACAGUUGGAAGAGAGCUGUGGAUCUCGAGAAGAUGAUGUGAAAUUACUCAAAAGAAUUGUGGAUUAUUGCAUGGAUAGUGGUAUUGCAUUAACUCAGGCCCGCUAUCUGGAGAAGGAAGAAAAAUGUCUUCCUCCACCCAGUAUUCGAGUAGUGAUAACAGUGGAACAAACAGAACAAGAACUGGACAAAGCUGCAUCACUUCUUAAGGAAGCUGUACAGUCUGUUUUGAAUUAGACUGCUGUUUUGGAUUCCUCUUUACCCAGAUUAUCAGGAUAAGUGUUUUACAGUGUAGAGUAACUUCAGAUAUUCAAGUUCUUCCACUGAUGGCUUUGAAACCUAACUGAGUAACAAGAUUGUUCAGAAUGGUACAAAUGCAGUGAGGGGAAGAAUGCUGAAUUUUGGAACUGGUGAAUGACAGAGUAUACUUGCAAUUCAAACUCUAACAUUUACUAGCAUUCCUUAAAAUGGGAUAUCACUGUUGCAUACAGGACUCUUUCAUAAGUUACAUCUUAAAGUUUUAAAUUUAUUUCUUCAAACCCUUAAACAUUUUUUAAAAUGUAUAAGAACAUUCAUUUUUCCCCAUAAACAUCUAAAAUGUAUAAUUUUCUCUGCAUAUUCUCAGAAUGUAGGAACUUCAAAUAAAUUUCAAGGAAUUAUUCCCUCCCCUCCACAAAAUAAUAUAGACUGUUUCUAAUACUACCAAAACGGAGAAAAUAAUACGUUAAGAGAUAAUUUUGUGCUACAUUAUGUCAUUUAUUACUGAAUUAUAGGAGGAACUUAAAUUCUUUUUUGUUCAUAUCUUUAACCAUUUUUGGAAGCCAGUUUUUAAGAAUAACUGGCCAGAGAAUUCCAUUAUCUAAAUGGUAAAUUCAUAUUAAGUACUGUUUGCUUCCUGCAUUUCAUAUGUAAUUAUAUGCAUGUUUGAUAUUAUGGGUGAGGUUUUUCAUACUAUUAACUUCAAAACAUCGAAACUGAAACCUCUGAAUCGUGACACUGGUGUAAUUCCGUUAUAGUAUGUUCCGUCAGGGGCCCUUUGCACCAGACUUGAGGAUGAGUCAUAAGCAACAUGAAGAAUGAACCAAGGUUUUGAAACACCAGCUAAAUAGUAGCUUAGUCAAACUACUAUGAAGCACUAAAAUGGUGUGUGCUAAGUUUUAUCUCUAAACAGCUAUACCUUAGAGGGGAAGACUCACAGAUAGCUAAUAAGAGUUUAGAUAGUACAAAUACUACUGAAACGCAACUCAAUACACGCACAUAAAAUCUCCAUGGAAUUGGAUAGUAAUAUUUGGAGGUUAUGCUGUCAGGAUUUUCAGUAAGCAUAGAUGGAUGCAUUACACCAAUCAGAGGAAACUGGUAAGGAAGGAGGACAGUAAGCUGUACCUCUUUAUAAAAUAGAAACUAUAGCUAUGUAUUUCAGGAUUUUGCUUUAAGAAUGCCUGUUUAAAAAUUUUAUAUUCUGUCUGAUCUGUAUUCUGGGUUGGUUUGUACUUAUGUGCCUUUUUGGUUGCUGCUACAAUGACUACAGGACUAUUUUUGAGAAACAUCAUUGUUUAAAUAAAAAGUUAAUCAUGUUUGAUUCGAUUUUUACUUAUAUAAUUAGAUUUUGUAGCAUGAUCAACUAUGGUUUUUUGAAUGUUCUGCAUCAGAUGAGCAUGAACUUCAGUUCAUAGUGGCUGUCUCUGUGCUGGCUUUCAAAACUUCUCACCUGUGUGUAUUCAGAUAAACCAGCUAAAGUUGUGUUGGGGCACUUUUGUGAUUGUUGCUUGACUGUUUGAAAUAGUCAAAUCAUUAUCUGUGCAAUGUAGAGAAACUUUCAUCCCAAUGUGAAAGAGUAUUCCUAUUUCAUUAAGACUUACGUUUUUCUCUAUUAACUAUGAGUAAAAGCGUGUGAGAAGCCAACAAUUUAAAAGGGAAAAAAUGUGGGGAAGGAAGCUGAUUCCCGUUUUAUAGACUGGAACUGAAGGGCAGAACAAUCAACUUUCUCAAGAACCUCAGAGAUUGUGAGAAAUGGAAAUUAAAACUUAUCGCUAUACUUCGAGCUUGUGAGCCAUUUUUGGUUUGAUAAUUGAAACUUGAAUAUUCAAGUAAACGGAAGCCUUUGUGUAUAAGCUGGGCACAAAUGAGGUACUUGGAUUCCAGUGCAGCAUAAGAAACGGAUUUGGAGUUCAAGGUAAACCUGUGAAGGUAAGCAAGUCACCAAUUAGCAUUGAAAUACUAGAUUGCAGAAUCUAUAUUCACUUCUUGCAUUUUAUUUUAUGUUGUCUGCAAAUGGGGGGAUUUUUUUUGUUGCACUUUUGAGAACUAGCAACAAUCUUUAGAUACAUGGGUUUGUUUUCUUGGUUUUGUUUUUCCUUUUUGCUUUAAAAUGAAGUGAUAACACCUAAAUUGGCAGGAAGCAGAGUGAAAUUUCUGGCAAUUUCAAAACUGUGACUAAGUGGUUCUGAUGAAUCAGAAGUUCAAGAAUGUUGCUAAGAGAUACUAUCAUCUGAUUCGUUUGGCAAACACAUACCCAGCAUUCAAACAUUGGUAAAACUGUCUUUGUCCAUUUUUGUUGUUUACAGGUGUAUAGAAAAGAAGUAUUUAGAUCACACUAAAAUGAACACCUUAUGGUUGAUAGCAGUUGAAGUACUGUUACAGUGUGUGUUUUACUGCCAGGUCAUACACAUGAUCUAUGUGAGAAAUUAAGAUGCUUAUGAGAUGUACCUGGCGGAGAGAGAUAUCCCUGGUCAGUUUAAGCAUGUCUGGCCCUCUUCAUUUUGGCUUUUUUGAUAAAUGUCUCUCACGUGGCAAGAAGUUGAAGGGAAGGAUGGCUCUGGGGAAGAAAGUUGGUUGGGGGUAGGGAGGCAGCAGGUGUUUCUGGUUAAAGUUCUGACAUUAAAAAAUCAGAAGCUUGUAAAGGUGCUUAAGUUCUCAGUGGUCUAGGCUGAUAAAUAUAUGAACAUGCCUGUUUUAGUUGCUUCGUGGUUAUGUUUGGAUGAAGUGGGACUUUUUAAUCCAUUUCUUCAGAUGUGGGAGUGAGGCUGGGGUCUUAGUAAAUAAAUGGAAAGCUGUUCAGCAGGAUGAUGUGAAGUGAAUCAAACAUGUCAGGGUCUUAACCUGAACUUGGAAGUUUCUAUUGAAAGUAAGUAUCUGGAUUCUUAAUUUUAAUUCAACUAAUUUAUGUAUUUUGCCCUGCCAAGUAUUUGGAACAGAGUUUCGGCUAAGUGGAAGCAUUAGGUUAAUAAAUAGUGAUCAAAAGUAAGUGUAGUUAAUUAUUUUUUUUAUUGAAGAUUAGUAUCUAGUAGUUGAGAAGGAAUGCAUUUUUAACUAUAAUAAGGUGGCCAUUGAUUGAAAUUGUCCUGAUGAAAGCAAUUGCUUGCAAUAUGUGGGGACUGAGGUGGACUAGAACAAAUUUAUACUUCAAAGGUAUUUUGGCUUGAAGAGACAUGCUCCCAUAAUAUUUUUUUUUCUUUUUUUUUAGCAGAGAUAUCUAUUUUCCUUGAAUAUUUAAAAAUAAUUGAUCGUUAUUUGUGUAGGUUCAUUGUUUUUAUAAGAAAACCUAUAGAUGCCCUUUCUGUUUAUUAUAGAAAUCAUUUUUGGAUAGGAGGUAAAAUGCAUAAGGAGAGUAUUAGAAAGAGAGGUAUGGCUGAAUAACUUUUUUUUUUUCCAUUUUUGAAAUACGAUCCCAGUCACUGCACAGAAUGGUGUACUGUCUCCUUCCUGUCACUCCAUCUGGACUUUAUUAUUUUAAACAGGGUUGUGGAGUGUUGGCAUUUACUGAUGUAUGAAGUUGCUACCACAAAAGUGUCUUGCAUCUUAAGAUGACUCAAGAAAUGUACAUGAGCUGUACAUGCUGCUUGAACAGAGGAAAUAUUUACAACUAAUGCAAAGCAUUUGUACAUUAAGCUGUUUCAGUGUCCUAAUAAAAGGAAGU